AUGUCGAAGCGGUCGCGCGAGGGCGGCGACGCCUCGGCCGCGGCGGCGGCGACGAAGAAGGAAGGGAAGCGCGAGCGACGCGCGCGGCCGGGGUCGACGAACACGCGCCCUCAAGUCGAUGAGACGAAAUCGCCGUCAGCAUCUAACAACGCGACGUCGGCGCCGACCGCGACGACCCGGGGUGGUCAUCACCCGGUCGAGCCUCCCCACUCGAUCGACGCCGCGCGCGACCGCGACCGCGACCGCGACCGCGACCGCGACCGCGACCCCGCGGACGACUGUGAGACCCCCGCGGUGGCGUACGCGCACCUCGCGCCGAUCCUUCGCAAGCUCGCGCAGCGGCUGAAGAAGCCCCCGUCCGAGCUCGCGGUGUAUGACCCGUACCGAUGCGCCGGCGCGGUCGAGUCGCGCCUCGGCGCGCUCGGGUUCGACGCCGUCGCGAACCCCGCGGACGACUUCUACGCCGCGCUCGAGGAGGACCGCGUGCCGCCGCACGACGUCCUCGUGACGAACCCGCCGUUCAGCGGAGAGCACGCGCGACGGCUCGUGUCGUUCCUGGCGUCGACGCGCUACUCGAGGAAGCGCGCGUUUUGCUUCCUCGCGCCAGAGUACGUCCAUCGAAAGGCGUGGUACGCGGCGAUGACGCGCGCGCGACCGGACGUGUGCUACCUCGUCCCGAAGGAGAGAUACGCGUUCGUCGCGUCGAGCGGCGGGCGACGCGAGAACACGGCGAAGCCGUGCCGGCACUGGGCGAGGGACGGGCGAUGUCCGCGCGGGGACGAAUGUCCGUUUCAACAUGGCGGCGGCGGCGGCAGCGGCGCGUCGACCUCGAGCGAAGACGCCCCCGUCGCGCGCGGGGGCGGCGCGUCGUCGUCCGUCACCGGGACCAGGACCGUCGUCGCGCCGUUCGAUUGCAUCUGGCACGUCCACGCGGGCGAGGGACGGCAGCGAAGCGUCGUCGCGGCGUGGCGGCAAAAGUACGGCGGAGGCGAUGGCAAAAAGGAAGACGCGCUCGGCGCGCGGCUGGUCGAGAGGGCGGAGGACCUGCCGCCGCCGCCGCCGCGAUUAAAGCGCGCGCGCGCGAUCGAGACGCGCGAGUGA